AAUAAGUUCAAGUGCUUAAUAUUCAUCAAUUCUUCGAUAAAGCAAUUGAAAGUGAAGUCUGCAGCAAAUGGAAAAAACUGCAAUUCUAGCUGAUACAUUUAUGGACAUACUUUUCAAGAGAAUCCUACUUGGUCUUUUUAUAAUUCUUACUGACACUAUAAACAUUCUUAGUCAAGAUACAACAACUGAUCACGCUCGACAGAAGUCGCUGUUGCGACAUCAAAUCUGGAUAUGGUGGGUUGUACAUCUACAAUGUAGUACUUAUACCUGGGGCAACAUAACCUCGAAUUGGAGAUAGUUAACCCGCUAUCUACGAAUGAACUGUCAAUUCCGGUGUGCAGAGGGGCGUGUUUUGCGACCGUCAGGAGAGGCCGGGGAAAUUCGUGUAGACUGACCAGAGUCCGCGAAUUUCCGUGCGUGCUACCGGUGUACACGAUCGCCUGGGCGCUAAAAUUUCGUUUAACAAAAUCUACUUGGUGGCCGCGCCCGUCAAGCGUUCAUCUCAAGUGGUAACUGAUUCAUCGCCACUGCCCUUCGACAUCUUGCCUCGCCUCGUUGCCGAUUCGCUGAGUUUUCGUUUGCGCGUGAUCGUCCUCGAGGUAUCCUUUUCACAAGUAGCGAGCGCGAAAUGACGGAGGUUCAUAACUUCGGUGUCGAUGCCAUCAGUUGUCAUGCGUGGAACAGGGAUAAAUCAGAGGUUGCCAUAUGUCCCAACAACAAUGAGAUCCAGGUGCACAAGCGUACUUCAUCCGGCUGGAAAUUGCUGGAGACUUUGAAGGAACAUCAUAUGGCUAUCACGGGAAUUGACUGGGCACCAAAGACCAAUCGCCUAGUCACCUGUUCUGCGGAUAAGAACGCCUAUGUAUGGACGCAGAAAGAAGAUGGCAAGUGGGAUCCCGCAUGGGUUCUCCUGCGAAUAAAUCGUGCUGCUACUUGUGUAAAGUGGUCUCCUCAAGAAAACAAAUUUGCAGUGGGCUCUGGGGGACGAGUUAUAGCUGUUUGUUACUUCGUGUCAGAGAAUAACUGGUGGUUAUGUAAACAUAUAAAGCGCCCAUUGAGGUCUACGGUGACUACCGUCGACUGGCAUCCGGACAACAAGGUUCUGGUUGCUGGAUCUACGGACUAUAAAGUCCGCGUUUUCAGUGCAUUUAUCGGUGAUAUGGAGGAUGCUCCUGGCAUGAGUUCUUGGGGGAAGAGUAAUACUUUAGGAACAUUACUGGCUGAGUUUCCUAAUACACCCAAUGGAGGUGGCUGGAUACAUUCAGUAGCAUUCAGCCCAUGUGGCAAUAAAAUCUGUUGGGUGGCGCACAAUUCUUCUAUAUGUGUCGCUGAUGCUACUAAAGGAAACGCAGUCGUGAGACUGUAUACAGAGCAUUUACCGUUUUCCAGUUGCAUUUGGAUAGGAUCUAAUAACAUUGUUGCUGCGGGGCAUAGCUGUAUGCCGAUGUUGUAUUCCGUAGAUGAUAACGGACAAAUAUACUUUGUGUCGAAGUUGGAUAACACGCAGAAGAAGGAGAUUGCCGGAUUGUCUGCCAUGCGGAAAUUCCAAUCGUUGGAUCGACAAGCUAGGAACGAGAUGAACGAUAACGCAUUAGACAGUGUGCAUCAAAAAACAAUCAACUGCGUUCGCCGGGUAUCAGAGCAUGAAUUUAGCACAAGCAGUCUAGAUGGACUACUUGUAGUUUGGGACUUAAAGCUUUUAGAGAAUUCCAUUGCUGGUCUCAAGAUAGCGUAAGCAUGAAACUUUUUUUAUAUUUGAAGAUCAGAGAUAUUACAUCUAAUACAACGAUGUAUAAAUGUUAAAAUGAAUACUAUACAAUUUCUCAUUAA